GAUAAAACCUUUGAUAAGUCAUGGAAAGCAAAAUGGGGAGCAUGGGAGCUAAGUGUCUUGUGAUCGUAUGUGUUAUGGUGUGCUCAUUGUGCCGUGUCAAGUCAGAUCUUGAGUUGGGUUUCUACGAUAAGAGUUGCCCAAAUGCUGAGAAGAUCAUACAAGAUUAUGUCAAGAAGCACAUACCAAAUGCACCUUCUUUUGCAGCUGCUCUUCUCAGGAUGCACUUCCACGACUGCUUUGUCAGGGGUUGCGAUGCUUCUGUGCUGAUAAACUCCACCACAAAUAACAAAGCAGAGAAAGCAGCAUUGCCAAACCAAUCCCUUCGUGGAUUUGAUUUUCUUGAUAGAGUGAAGAGCAUAGUGGAAGCUGAAUGCCCAGGGGUUGUUUCCUGUGCAGAUAUCAUUGCCUUGGUAGCAAGAGAUGCAGUUGUGGUCAUUGGAGGUCCUUAUUGGCAUGUUCCAACUGGACGCAGAGAUGGUUUGAUCUCAAAGUCCAGAGAAGCAUCAAAUGAACUCCCAGCACCAACAUUCAAUUUCAGUGCUCUUCAAGCAUCAUUUGCUAGCAAAGGGCUGAAUCUUUUAGAUUUAGUUGUUUUGUCAGGGGCUCACACUAUCGGAGUCUCUCAUUGCCAAGCAUUCAGUAACAGGCUUUACAAUUUCACUGGUAACGGCGACCAAGAUCCUUCUCUGGAUAGCUUCUAUGCUGCCAAUCUGAAAAAGAACAAGUGCAAGACCGCGAACGAUACGACGACGAUCGUUGAGAUGGAUCCUGGUAGCUUCAGAACCUUCGAUCUAGGAUACUAUAAACACCUGCUCCAGAGAAGAGGACUCUUCCAAUCUGAUGCAGCUCUAAGCACAACUCCUGCCACCAAGUCGGCCAUCAUUCAGUUGCUUAACGACCCCCUUGAAGUGUUCUUCAAAGAAUUUGCGUUGUCCAUGGAGAAGAUGGGAAGGAUUGGAAUAAAAACAGGAUCUGCAGGUGAGAUAAGGAAGCACUGUGCUCUAGUCAAUCACUAAAAUUGCUCAACUCCAGCUGAAUUACUUUUCGUUUCAAUUUGGAAUUUUGAUGUGCUGUGGGAGACACUUUGUUUUCUCCAGUGUAUUCAUGCAUUCAUGCGGUAAUAAAUUCAAGC